GCAGCUUCCGUACUGACUGCUUGGACGCAUGACAUUUUGUCAGCGUGAGGAUAGAUCAUUGCUCUGGACUGCGGCGGUUGUGAUCUUGUUGACAGCAACAAAAUCAAACAAACUCGACCUCCCUCUACUCGGCCUCCCCAGAUCUACAGAGUCCAGCAUUCAGUUCAUGAACUGUACGAGUACCGGUAUGCGCCAUGGUUCCAUUCAAAAAUCAUAAUCAUGUACGAUUAGAAUCAAGAGUUCAUGGUAGAAUCUACACCGCGCCAUUAGCACUGAGUUUUCGGCCAGCUUGCUGUGCAAUAGUUGGGUGCAGGUGUAAGAUCUUAUCUUAUCACAUGUUCGAGCAACUAGUCCGCCAUGCUAGCUAAAUACUAACAAGUAAUAGCCUAGCAAGAAGAUAGCCAGCCCAGGUUGUUUAUUUUCGAGCACAGAGUGACAGAGCUCCAUCAUCCAGUUGAUCACCAUCAUGGAUGUACAGUAAAAAUCAAGGUGUGAUUCUUGUUUGAGAACAUUUUGAAUUGCAUGUAUUCUCGUUUUGAUGAGGAGAAACUGCCUCGAAAAACCAGUCAUGGCGAUGAAGGGGUCUGAUUCAACCAAUCCUUUACCUACAUCUGAGCGUAGCUCUCUAGAAGGCAGUAUGAUGGCAUCGAUUCUGGCUGCUGUUUUCUAUGGGAGCGUCUCCUUCCUGAUCACUGCAGUCAACAAGAGUGUAUUGACUAUCUACAGAUUUCCGUCUUUUCAACUUGUUGGAAUUGGUCAGAUGGUUGCGACACUGUUAGUUCUACGCACUGGUAAAGCCUUGAAAGUUAUCUCUUUUCCGGACUUUGACCGCACUACAAUCUCUAAGAUUUGGCCUUUGCCCAUGAUAUAUUUAGUCAACCUUCUGUCUGGCUUGGGAGGAACAAAGCGAUUGAGCUUGCCAAUGUUUACCGUUCUGCGGCGUUUCUCUAUCGUCUUCACCAUGUUUCUUGAAGGCUAUCUGCUACAGAAGCACUCGCCAUCGCGGGUGAAGAUUGUUGUGUUUAUCAUGGUGUUCGGUGCCAUGGUGGCGGCAUUGGACGAUCUAGCGUUUGACCCUGAAGGAUACUUCUUCUUACUGCUGAAUGAUCUUGGAACUGCUGCUAAUGGCGUCUACAUCAAGAAGAAGUUGGAUGGCAAGGAGCUUGGCAAGUAUGCACUUAUGUACUACAACGCUUUGUUUAUGCUGCCCAUGGCGACUGGAAUUUCCAUAUUUACUGGGGACAUGAGAAAGGCACUAGAGUAUCCAGACUGGUACCGUCCUGACUUCAUCGUCCAGUUCCUUGCCUCUUGUUUCAUUGGGUUUGUAUUAAUCUAUGCAACAGUUCAGUGCACGGCUAUCAACUCUGCACUCACUACCACCAUUGUCGGUUGUUUGAAAAAUGUUCUGAUCACAUAUUUUGGAAUGAUUUUCGGCGGCGAUUACAUCUACUCUCGUCUCAACUUCUCUGGUGUCACCAUCAGUGUUCUUGGCAGUCUCCUUUACACGUACGUGAAGUUUUCUGAGCAAAGGUCGAAACAGCCAAGCCCACCAUCAAGCAAUGUGUAACAAUGAUGGGUCUUCUACCAACGUGGAUCGUUUCAAUCUCAUUCUCUUGGGCCACUGGUUGGUCUUAGGAACACUCGGAUAGAUCUUCUGUGCGUGACGUUUGUUGGCCUAUUAGGAGUUGUUUUCCAAGUUCUGCUCAUCUCUAUUGCAGGCACGCUCUUUUAACAGUUUAUAACAAAGGCACUUCCGUGGUGUUCCUCAUCAGGCUCAUCACUCACACCAUCUGUCUGUGGAGCCUGUUAGUUUGUUGUCAGGUUUUGCAAGUUAACUACAUACACUCAGCACUAUUGUAGGCAUGCCCAGGUUUUAACUUAGUAGCCAUUAAUGUCUCCUCCUUAUGUGGUUUUAACUGUUUGGGUAAUGUGCACAGGAGAAGAUGCAGAAACUAAAGUGUGUUGCUACCUCCUAUUGAUAUCAAACAAUUAAUUGAGUAUAUUCACUAUUCACCAAUCACCACCCAAGCAGGCCUUUAGGUGAUAUCAUAACUUUUUUUAAAUUUAACUUAGCUUCUGCAAUGUAAUACUUACUCCUCUGUGUAGUGAAUCUACUGGUGAUUCAUUCGUAACCACUAGGUCACGGUGUAUCUACAGCCACUAGUGCUGGUUGACUUCUUGAUCAAAUGUCUUUUCAACACCAUAGUGAAAAGAACUUCACCCACCAGCA